AUGGAUUAUGACAAAUUCUCUGCCGACGAUUUGUGUGGCAGCUGCACAGUGAAGGUUUCAGACUUGCAUGAUGGAUGGUAUGGAAAAGUGGACCUCCAACGCCCAAAGCGAACUUUGGGAAGUGGCAAAGAUGACGAACAUAUGCUAGAACUAGCCGGCAGGCUCUACUUUGGAGUCAAGUAUGACUACGAGAAAAUCAGUGCGCUCACCAAGAAGCCAAAGGAGAGAAGCUGGAACCAUCAGGUGCUUUUUAAUCUCGACAGCCUCGAAGCUUGGGGUCAUGAGACCAUCAUGCUGGGCUCAGUGUUCAUGAAAACCUUGGAAGGCGCUGCAAAUCAGACACCUUUUGCUUUGGAGCUGAGCAAUUUCCGGAUCUUUGGUGGCCUUCAGAGAGGAGGUGCAAACGAGAAGAUCGUGCUGCUGAAGGCAUCCAAGAAAAGGUUCGUAGACUUCAUCAAGAAGAGCCAGAAGGAAAAACAGUUCUUGCAGUCAUGCCGCGGUUCCACGUUGGACAAGCAGCAGACCAUCAAGGGCAUCAUCAAGUCCUUGAUUGAACGAUGGGAGACGGAAGACCAAGCAGACAACUUCCGCAAAGGUCUCUUCCAAAGCAAGAUUGUGGAGGCUGUUGAUCCAAGCAGGUUCCGUGUCGCAUAUCGUGGUGCCAAGGCACAUAUUACAGUACGAAAUGCACUGAACCUCAGCGGUGGCGGCUGGUUCGACAAGCUGGAUCCAUAUGCGAUCGUCAGGUUUCGUGGCAACAAACAGGAGCUCAGAACCAGCGUCCUCCAAGAUGCCGGCGGAGAUCCAAUUUGGAACUGCGAAGGCCAUUUGGUAUAUGGCGGUGAAGUGGCAUUGGAAAUCUCUGUUUGGGACUAUGACCACUACAGUUCUGAUGACCUGGUUGGCACUGGAGUGGUACAGGUGGAGCAGUUCUGCAAUGGUUUCGAGGGCAUGGUUCCCUUGAGCGUGUCGAGCGAUAAGAAAAAGCAGAAGAAGUCAUUGAAACAGAGUAUGAUCACCAUCGGCAUUCUGUGGGAUGCCCCGCCGCAGGAAAUUUGUGCAUUUUCUUCGAUUCAUACUUUUCCUAUCUUAGAUAGUGUGAGCAAGCAGUGUGCAUGGUCCGCAGGAUCCGACAACCGGCAAGCCGCUCGACCCGACACAAACUCUGGCAUCUGGCGGUACGAGGGCUCUUAUCAGCUGAGCAAAUUUCGUUACGACAAUUGGCGAAUUGACUGCAAUGUGGUCAGUCACAAGACUGACUCCCAUCUUUGCAACAUUCUGCUUGCACUUCCCCGCAUGAGCAAGCAGAUCGAGUUUGCAGGAUCGGUUUUGGAGUUUUGGUGUGGUAAGACACGCUUUGCAUGUCCCACGGGGCAGCCAAAUCCAAGAUUUGAUGCUCAGCGACGUUUUCACUUUUUUUGGUGCAUCCCCAAGAUGUGCCAUAGAGUCUUUCAGCCACUCGCUAAAGGCGAAGGGCAAAGGGUUGAUCGCCGGUUGGAUGGGAAAACUAAACAAAUGCAGCGAAAUUAUGCGAAAUUGAGAGAGACUCCUCAAUAA